AUGGCCUAUAGAAGGCAUUUGGGUUCAUGGGCGGAUGUGGGUUGGAAAGACCCGCCUCAUGUUCCGCAGUGGGUCUACACGAACGGCAGAUGGAAGGACAUAGCGAUACAGUGUCAGAAUGGGAAUUUAUCGACAGAGCCAGAGGAUAUUGCUUCAAAGGCAGUUAGGAAAGCAAGUCUAAAUUUCUGUACCCAAAUUCAUAGGGUUGUAAGGAAGCUUUGUGGUUCAAUUUCAGAGAGCCUUGGGCUCCCAGAAAACUACAUUGAACAAGAAUUUACAGACUACUCGCAGAUUAUGGUGUGCAACUACCAUCCGAAAUGUCCAGAGCCUGAGUCCACUCUUGGUGUAGGGAGUCACACAGACCCAGGUUGGAUAACAGCAUUGAUGCAGGAUGACGUCACAGAUUUACAGGUCCCCUAUGAAGACCGCUGGGUCACAGUCAAGCCUAUUCCCCAUGUUAGUGUAAUCAAUCUGGGUGAUGUACUACAGAUACUGAGCAAUGGGCUAUACAAGAGCGUAGAGCACAGGGCGACUGUUAAUGGAAGUGCGGAUAGGAUAUCUGUGGUGACAACUUAUGGCCCAUCUCUGAACACCAUUAUCAGGCCUGCUCCUGAACUGCUGCUGAAGGGUUGUCAGCCUGCUUAUGGUGAAGUAGUUUAUAAAGAAUACAUGGAGAUGAUUCUAAGCGGGUCACUUGAAGACAAACAUUUGUUGGAUUUCCAUCGCCUGGAAAUACAAUGA